AUAAAUAGUCCGGAAAUUUGUUAUCUAAUUUAGGCAUCGAUCGGAUUCUAUUUAUAGAAAAGGGUAAUACCAUGUUCGAUUUCAGGAAAUUUACAACUACGUUACAUAAUUCCAAUACCAGAGAAAUGGAUGGUGUUUUUAUUCCGUUCCUGGCUGAAAUCAUAAAAUUUGGAGAACUGAUAUCGUCACCAAAGAUAAAACGGAUUCUGGGUGAUGAUGAAGUUAAACGACUGAGAAAGAGCAAAAACACAGAGAAAAAGAAGAUUCAGGAUAUUUUAAAUAUUGUAGAUCAAAAUGAUAGCUGGGAGACAUUUAUCGAGGUUUUAAAACAGGAUCUUGACUUCACCUUCGCCCCAGACAUACUUUUGAAGAAGUAUGAUCCUACUGUUGAUACAGAUUUGCGAAAAAUUGUCGGUGUCCUUAAAGAGGAAAAUAUAGAAACAAAGCCAUUAUUAGAAGCUCUAGGAAGCCACGAAUUGUUGACUGAACAAGAUAUACAGGAUAUAAGUGAAGAAUGUGAUAGAGACGACAUAGCAGCAUUAAUUGUGUUGAUAGACAGAGUUGUCAGACCUCAUCCUCAGUCCUGGUUCAAAGAAUUUCUUGAUUGCAUGAUUGGGAUUGGAAUGGAAGAAAUUGCAGGAAAGAUUGACCCGGAUAUUAAAGGCGCUUGUGAUGCUUUGUUAGACGUAAACUUGGAUGAUCAUUGGAGGAAGUUAAUUAUGGAGUUAUGCCACGGACAAAUUGUAAAGAAUGUGACACCAUCUGGUUUAUUGACUAAUUUAGGACUUAUUUUCAAUAUGGAUGAAAAAAAGUCCAUUAGAUCUCUUGAGAGAAUGGAUUCGCCACAACGUGCAAUGGAGAAAUUACUGGAAAUUUUAGACCACAAAGAGUAUGAAGGGAAAUGGCAAAUGUUCAAACAAGCAUUGAUUGAAGAUGACUAUGGAUGGGUAAAUGAAUUCAUCGAAGGCGAUUUCGUAAAAUAUGAAGAUACCCACAUUUGGGAAAAUUUGAUAAAUUUGUUCGAGAAGACAUUGUCCGAAAAUUUAAGACCACUUGAAAUUUUACCCUAUCUCAGACAAAAGUCUAUAAUAACUGAUACUGAUUCACAAGAGGUAGCUCAGAUGUGUAGAAAUGUUAGUGAAAAUGCAGCUGUGUUUCUGCUUCUGACGUUUCUUCCAAAGCGAAAACCAAACACCUGGUAUCCAGAUUUCAUGAAAAUUCUUUAUGAAAAUGGUUCGGCUCAUGUUGUUGAAGUUAUAGACUCAGAGAAGUAUGAAAAACUGAAAGCUCAAAGUUCUGUCCUAUCUGACAACAUGGAUGUAGAUAAGAUAGUUGAACCAACAGAACCAGAAAAGAAUAAUAUGGAGUUUGACACUCAAGAACACUACAUGUCUGUUACAGAGCAACCUCACAUAUCAGUUGAUAAUUUGAGUGCUCCACAGACAGUAGAUCACGUUAGUCAGCAGACUUCGACAAACUUCAAUUUGAAUCAAGAUGAUGAAAUUACAAAGGAGAAACUUUUUGCAAAGAAAAAAGAUGACGAAAAAUACAACAAGCUGUCAGAAGAAGACACAGAAUCGCCAACUGAUACUGAUAAUAUUGUGCUGGACUCGCUUUUUGUUAAUAAUGUGAAAAAGGAUAUAGCAAUGGAAGUUCGCCCUGAAAAAGUGAACAAUAUAUCUGGAUCUCCAUAUGAUGCAGUUGGAAAUGACGAUCCAGAUUCCGACACUGAUAAUGAGAUAGUGAAAGAAGAACUUCGCCUAAGAGGGUAUCAAAUGGAGUUGGCGAAACCUGCAUUAGACCACAAGAACUGCAUAAUUGUGGCACCUACUGGAAGUGGAAAGACAUAUGUAGCACUUAAAAUAAUACAGGAUCAUAUGGAUAAAACUACUGACAGAUUUCCUAAAGUUGUGUUCUUAGUAGAGCAAAGUGCCCUCGCCAAACAACAGGCUGAUAAAUGUAAAAAGUAUCUAUCAAACUACCGUGUAAAACUAAUCACUGGGGAAAUACAGAGAGACGCGAAGAUACCAAAAUCAUUAUCUUCAUGGUUAAAUAAAAGGGAUAUCUUAGUUGUCACUGCACAAUUGGUAGUUAAUGCUUUGAAGAAUGACGAAAUUAAAGUCGAGGACUUCACAUUGAUGGUUUUUGAUGAAUGUCAUCAUGCAAACGCAAGCCAUGCUUAUGCACAGAUAAUGCAUGGAUACUUGGAUCUCAAACUUGAUGAAAGUGUUGAUAGACAGAAAUUACCCUUAGUGGUUGGGUUAACUGCGUCAGUAGGUGUGGGGAGAGCUAACACAGAGGUGAUGGCACAAAAUCACAUCCAAAAGAUGAUGGCAAACUUGGAUGCUGAAGUAAUUUCAACAGUAAAUGAAUGUUUACCAGAACUAACAGAACACGUCAUUGUUGCCGAACAAGAAACAAUAUCCACUGGAGAAAGGAAGAAAAAUUAUUUUGGGGAAACACUUGUUACAAUGAUGGCUAAUAUCGAAUCAUUUAUGAUUGACUCUUCAUAUGCAUCUUUUCUGCCUAACAAUGGGAGUAUAUUGAAAGGACCUGCGGACAAAGGAUCAGACCCUUACACGCAGUGGAUAAGCAAACUAUGGAGAGAAACGGCAAAAAUCAACCACCAAGAUGCACGACGAUACUUUGAAACCUGUAGACUUUAUCUAGAUGUUUAUAACAAAGUCUUGAUUAUAUAUGAAGAUGCACGUGUGGAAGAUGCAAUGCUAUAUCUUGAGCAGUAUCUCAAACGUAUAAAUGAAGGACUGAAACCAGAUGCUACAGAUGACAAAAUGCUGAAAAUAUAUCAGAAAGGAAAUCGAGUAUUAACAGCAUGUGUUGGAAAUGUUAAUCACAUUAACCCAAAGUUGGAAGCAUUGAAAGAUAUAAUAUUCAAGCUUUACAAAGAAAAGCCAGAUUCUAGGGUGAUCAUUUUCAUAAAAACCAGAGAACUUGUCCAGGCAAUUGAAAACUGGAUGAAAGAUACAGAUGGUUUAAGUUGUUUAAAUCCUGUUAAAUUUGUUGGUACUCAAGCUAGUGGAGAGAAGGGAGGUAUGACCAAGAUGGAACAAGAUUGUAUCCUUAAAAAGUUUAGAACUGGAGAACAUAAAAUUAUUCUUGCAACAUCUGUAGCGGAGGAGGGACUAGAUAUACAGACGUGUAACUUAGUCAUCAGAUAUGAUCAUGUAACAAACGAAAUAGCCAUGGUACAAGCUAGAGGUAGAGGAAGAGCUGAAGGGAGUAGAAUGGUUGUAGUAGCUAGUGAAAAGAGAGGAACUGCAGAAAAAGAGGAAAUCAAUUUAAUGAGAGAGACAAAAAUGAACGAAGCCAUACAGAAAGUCCAACAAAAACUGUGUCGAAAUAAAGUACAGUUCUUAGAGGAGGUUGAAAAGAUUCAAAGGUCCGAGAAAAAGAAAAGAGAUCUGGAAAAAUUGUCUAGAAAGAGAGGAACAAAACGAAAUUCAGAAUUCGUAUUACGAUGUGGAAAGUGUAGUAGCUAUAUAUGUAUAUCAUCGGAUAUAAAGAAGAUCCAGGAUGCCCAUCACGCUGUUAUAAACGACGAUGUCAGAGACUGUAUAACCACUGAAAAAUCAGAAGCCAAACGUAUUGAUGCCUACACUACAUGUGGUGUAGGUAAGGUCAAAUGUAAGAAUUGUGGAAAAGAGCUUGGGAAUGUGACUAUUCACCAAGGAGCAGAAUUUCCUGUUCUUAAAAUUGAUAACUUCCUAGUGGCUGACAGUGCUGGUAAAACAAAUGUGUACAAGCGAUGGAAAAGCGUGCCGUUUUGUCCAGAUCCAAUGCUUGACGCGGAUUUGGAGUUCAGAUUACAAGGUCAACCCUAUGUUCAAGAGUAAAUAGACUGUUUUCGUUUGUCUAUGUUGUGUUUUAUGAACUAUUGUUAGUCUGUAAGUCUUAUUCCAUUUUAGCCAUGGCUUUAUCACUUUAUUUUCGAUUUAUGCGUUUGAAUUUUCCUCUGGUAUUUAUUGCCAAUCAAUAAAGACAACAGUAAUAUACCGCUAUUUAAAAGUCAUAAGUCGAUAGAGAGAAUAAAGGCAACAGUAGUAUACCGCUGUUCGAAACAAAUCCAGGUUACAAACUAUAACCGAUGGAAGUUUAUCAAAUAAAGAGGAAAACAACGUACAUCCUUAUUUGAAUUAUUUAACGAAACACAUAUGUUACGUUUGUUUUGAAUGAAGUUAAGUCUUUUCAAAGCGCAUUCAAAGAUUUGAGUCUUUGAUGAAUAUAAUGUUGAAUAUUUGGAUAGAAGUUGUAACUUUAUUAUAGUGAUUUAUUAACGAGUAGGUUUUACCAUUAUUAUCCCUGCUAUUGAUUAGUUAUUUAUUGGUAUGGUCUUACAAGAAAUAUUACAAAAAGUGUAUACAUUGUUUUAAUUUGUUUCACAACAGUCAUACAAUAACUUGUUUGCCUUUGAAAAAAAUACGUUUCUAAAAAAAUGUGCCAUAUUCGACAAGAAAGGAGUUCGUGUGAAAAUAGAUAAUACAAUUGUUUUACUUAAAUUCAAGUUAAUCUAUCAUAGUAAUAUCUUACAACUCAAUGUAUGUAUACGCUUGAAUGUGCACUUAAAAUAACUUGUACGUUGUACUUGUACUUGUAUUGAUCAAGUGUAUUUGUCUGUGGCCCCAUUGUGGUUUGUUUUUGAGAAUGAAAAUUGAAAGAAUACGAAUACUUUUAGAUUUGGACUC